CCGAAUCGCACUUCCCUGGAGACGGUCCGUCAGGAUUUCAACAAGUCCUUCGGCACCCUGUCUUUGCAGGACGUCUGUGAUAUGAUACCUUUACUGCAUGCCGACAACAACACGCAGAAGACCCUGCUAAUUGUCGCCUACUUGCUCAUCAUGACCUUCUCGCUGUUCGGAAACCUGCUGGUGUGCCUAGUCGUGGUCAAGAUGAAAAAGCGUAACGUCACCAAUGUCUUCAUCUUCAAUCUGGCUUUAGCACAUCUAAUGCUAACUCUUCUCAACAUGCCGUUUACAUUGGCUCGCUUUGUGAGCAGCACUUGGGACUUCGGGAAGGCAAUGUGUCAUAUGAGCCGCUUCACGCAUUACUGCUCCCUCCACGUGUCCACCUUCACCCUCACUGCAAUCUCGCUGGAAGUAUAUCAGGCAAUCAUGCAUCCACUGAAGCCACGUAUGACAGCAGCCCGAGGGAUCGCCUACAUCUCCUUCCUCUGGAUCAUGGCUUCCUGCUUCUCUUUGCCCCACACCAUUUACCAAAAGCUGAUGCAUUUUGAUCUUGGGCAAGACAACACCCGGCAGCUGUGCCUGCCAGACUUCCCUGCUCCCUCGGACCUCUACUGCAAGUACCUGGACUUGGUCACGUUCAUCAUACUGUACGUGGUGCCCCUGCUGGUGAUCACCAUCACCUACACCACUUUGAGAAAGAACCUGUUGCGGCGCAUCAGGGACAUUAACAGCAGGCAGCGACGCCACAAUCAGAAGACCAUCAACAUGCUCAUGCUGGUGGUGCUUGUGUUUGCGGUCUGCUGGUUCCCCCUCAACUGCUUCGUGGUCCUCUCCUCCAGCAAUGUCAUCAGUAUCAACAACACCCUCUACUUUGCCUUCCACUGGCUCGCCAUGAGCAGCACCUGCUACAACCCCUUCAUCUACUGCUGGCUCAACAUCAAGUUCCGCACCGGGAUAAAGGCCCUGCUCCGGAUCUGUGUCUGGGAGAGGGACCCCGGCCGGGUGGACAUUCCCACUGUGUGCCUGGAAGCAGGGAGAAGGAUUGCAUGGCCCAAGGCUGGAGGAAAGAGGAAGUCCGACGAGGAUCUGUGCAAACGUUACCCGUCCACCUCCAGAAGGAUGUCCGAGGUCCAGGUCAACAUCGAAAUGGAUAUGAUUAACAACACAAUGUAAGGGAGGGUGAAUCUUGUGCAGCUGUUUCUCAUGUUUGCCGACUAUGGAGAUCUCUGUUGUGCAACCCAGGACAUUUAAUAUAUAAAGUGCUGUUGUGAAUCAGUGUAUGCAGUAGUAUGUAAAGCCCUUAUGGAAAAAAUGCCACUGGAGAUCCUCAUUACAAUCCCAGUGUAUUACCCUAGCAGAACCAUUCGGAAAACACAGCAUUACCAGCAAAAAAUUGAGGUGGAAAAAAAAAUCCAGAGCGGUGCUGAUAUAUACAUCAAUGGCCAAAAGAUUUGCAUCACCUAGAAUUUUAGGAAGAGACAUAAUUAAAAAAAAAAAACCUAUAUGAAUUCAACAUCAUGCAAUCAAAAUAACUACAAAAUGAUAUCACAAAAGUCUAGCGGAAGCCAUUAUAGUAGUACAGUAUUUCAUGUUUUGAUUUCGAAAUAUCACAUUUUUCAAUUUUUGUCAGUUUUUCAUUAAAUAUAUGAAAACACUACAGCGGUAUGUCAUUCAAUAUGUUUACGUAACAUUAUUCAUCAGGUUUCAUUUCACUUUAUGAUGCAAUAUUAGUUAAUUCUAUAGGGUGAUGAUGCUAAACUUUUGAGCAUAUCUGUACUUUAUAUAGCACUGAUAUGUUACCAUGGUAUUGCAAUGGAUUAGCAGCAGUGUGUAUAGAUGCAUUGUGAUACCAUUGGAAUGUGAACACACAACACCAAUUUCAUUUACUUUAUAUAGUAUCUGCCACGAACAAACAUCCCAGUGCGCUUAAUAAACACAACAAAUAGAAUAAAAACUCUUAACAGACAGACAAUAAAAGGCCAACAUUUUGGGUGCACUAACCAUGGGACAGUUAGUCCACCAAAUAGGGGAGGGGGUCUAACUAACUUAAAACCCCUUUCGUCAACACACGCUAAAUAAUAAUUUUGAAACUGAACAUUUUUUAAUGCAUACAUGAUUAUAUUUACAACUGUAUAUAAAAUUUUGAUUUUCAACAAAAAAAGUAUUUAUUUGAUAGCGUCCGUGGUAGUAAUGGGUGUUGUUUGCGGGGUAGAGUAAUGAUUUCUAUUACAUUUUCAUGCAAAGUGCAGUUUCUUAAGUUAUACAGUCGUCUGCAGAUUUAUUAGAACACUCCAUUGCUUUGGUUGUUUCGAUUGUUGUGCAUAUAAAAUCAAACCACUGUAACUGAAAAUCUUUGAAAAUUGUCAAAAGAGGCAAAUAAUCAUUGUCUAAUUUAACUGAUGACUUUAAAAUAGGUCACACAUACAGUUAUUAAAAGUCGUAAGAGGAACACACUGCCACACAUUGUAAAAAGCAGGAGACUUUUUAGAAGUUGUUUAAGAUGCCCAAUUAAAUCCCAAAAUGGUCUAACAUUUUCACACAAGUGCAUAUUGCUUUUAGAUCACUGAUUACCAAGCGGAAAUAGAGCCCAGUACAGCUAACAUAGUUUGGUGAUUCCUGUUUAUACCAUUAAAAUGUCAAAAAAGAGAAGUUGAGGUUCUCUAAUACAUUUGCACACUACUGUAUAAUGACUUGUUGUCGCCAAUAAUUAUGACCUGCUUAACUUGUACAGUAAGUUAUGACCAAGCCGAGUCAAUAGAAUGGUAUUCAAGGUAAGAUUUACACCAAAAAUAAAUGCAUAAAGAUUUUAGAUUUGUGUUGUUCAGCUGUGGUUGUAAGCGGUGCUUUUACACAUGCUGUUUAUUUAUUUUAUUGCAUGUUUCUUUGUAGUUAUAGAAUGCACUUUUUUUGUAGACAGAGUAUGUCGAUUUCAUUUUAUUUUGAUUGUGUAAUUUUGGAUUUUACUGUGUUUACACGCACACACACACACACACGCAUGCGCACACACGUACAAGCACACGCACACACACACUUAGGGCUUCUGGUUUUUGGUGCUUUUGUCUGACUUUUCGCCUCCCUUACGAAUUAAUUUCACAAUUAACACAUUUCUCAGUUUUAAUUCAGAAACCAAAACGCAUUAAACAGCGCUUAGGCUCAUUUUAAAACGGGUGUAGUUAAACACGACUGAAACCAGAAGCCCUCAAUAUAUUAUUAGGUACAAGCAGAGGAAGAUGAGGAAUGAGGCGAUGCAUAUUCACCGCUAACUCACCCACGGGCCAUUGCUUGUUUAUUUUUUUAAAACUAAGGUUCUGAUGAGUGUCUCAAAAAAACAACAACUAUAUAUUGAAGACCUCUACUUCUAAGAUAUUUAUUAUAUGAUAAAACUAAUACAGUGCAUAAAUCACGAUCAUACCUUCGAUAGUACUGCCUAUCAUAUAGUGCCUCCCUAUUAUAAUGCGUUCGGUAGCAGUAUCAUACGGGAGGCACGAUCAGACAGGUUAGUUCCAUAUUAUAAUGGCCUCGGGAGCCACUAUCAUGCGGAGAGGCAGUUUGUUACGACACCGGCAUUGAUCUUGCCACGCUUCGCUUUUAUCGGUGCACCAUGACUUCUAAAAAGGACGUUGUUCGAUAUAUGGAUUUGUGAUGAAGUUGAAAAGUAAUGUGUGUGAACUUUGUCUGGGUAGAAAGAUAAAUGUCGUAAAUAUUACAGCUCUAUAUAUUCUCUCCCCUUUAUAUGUUUCAUUUAUUUAUUGUAUUGUACUUUGAAGAAAUGGGACACAGUCUUAUAAUUACCAUCCUUUGUGUAUUAUUGAAAGACCAUGGUGUUUUCAUGUUUUAACUGUAUGACUUGCUUAAUUAUCUUAAGACUACUAGUAUUUUAAGAUUAGUUUAAAAUUACUGUUGUACCAGUGUUUCUCUGAUUGCUUUGUUUUGCUACUGGUUUUCUGAAUAUAUUCUCUGUGGUUCCUGACUGUUUGUGUGUUGUCCCUUCACCCCUUCCAGUACCAAAUACAAAGAACCUGAGCAGAGGUAAUCUCUUGAUCACUGUUUUCUUUUAUUUGGGGUGUUAAAUACUUUGGCAUAGUCAGACUACAAAUCAGAAUUGUGCAAAAAGCUGUGGAUUUUGCUUUUUAAAUCUAUAGUAUAUGAAGGAGGGGGUCAGUUUGUGGGUGUGUUUGUUACCUGUUUUGCUCUGUGUUGAUCGGUAAUGUAACAAAGUCAUAUUUUAAAAAAGAAAAAUGUGUUCCUUUAAUUUGAUUUAUUUGUUGGUUUAUUGUUUAAUUUAUACAAUGUGUGUUUUCUUUUCUAAACAAAUGGUUAAAGAUCUCUUAUAUUCAGACUGAGCAACCUCCCUCUGUUCUGUUCUGAUGGAGAAGAGAGAGAGAGAAAGGGAGGCUCUUACACUCUCAGAUCAGUCUCUCUAUGUGCUGUACUCUUUGACCAAUGAUGUUCACUGUAGAAUGCAAUGUUUGGUAUUUGUAACUAAUAAAUG